CUGGCAAACCGCGCUGAGCUUAGUCUCGCGCGGCACCUCAAGACGAUCGGAAGCAUUUGAGUGGUGGAAGAAAAUUGUUCGUGGCGGCAGAAUCAGCGUCUAGAUUCAAUCGGUAUUGACCUGACUGUACUGCCAGCGGAGCGUGGUCGGUUCUAAACUAAACAAGUGAGUGAGUGAGUGAGUGUUCAAAGCGACCGCCAUAAGCCAGUCACAGAAAGUAAAUUCUUUGUGGGUUUCGCUUUACUUACAAGGUGAAUCAUCCCCGAAAUCCAAACCCCCACCUACACGGCAACGGUGUUCAACCUGUGAGUCAGUUUCGUUCCACCCGCGCGCACCUACAAUGGACAUUGACAGCGCCGUAUACAGCAACUGCAAGAACCCGGCCAAGUAUGAACCAUACCGGUGCACACUGAGCGAAAAGCUGCUGAAAAAGGCAAAAUCCGAACUUCGCGAAACCGAAUCCAUCCGAGAGCAAUCGCUGGUACAGAUGCGCGAAUGGAUCGCGAAAAGCCCGCACAUCAAGAAAUGCCGCACGGAUCCCCUGUUUCUGUUACGAUUUCUCCGCACGAAAAAAUUUUCCGUCCCGCAGGCCUGCGAAAUGCUGGAAAAGUACAUCUUCAUUCGUCAAACCUAUCCCAAGUGGUUUCGGAACUGUGACAUCGAAGAUCCGGAGCUCGAAGCCGUCAUCGAUGGCGGUUAUAUUGUGCCGAUACCGCAAAAAGACGAAAAUGGCCGUCAACUGGUGCUGUCGGUCGCUGGCAAUCUGCAUAUGAGCAAAAUCAACUCAGUGCUACUGACGAGGGCGCACUACCUGGUCCAUGAGGUGCUGGCCGAUGACGAGGAGGCACAGAUUUGCGGUUACUCGCAGUGCAUUGACGAACGUCAGCUGUCGAUGAAAUUGAUGGGCAUGUGGUCUCUGAUCGAUAUCAAGCGAGUGAUAGAAUGUAUGCAGAACGGGAUCCCGACCAGGAUGAGAUCGUUCAAUUUUAUCGGCCUUCCGUCGGCAGCCGUGACGCUGCUGGAGUUCUGCGUUUCGCUGCUCAGCGAUAAGCUGAAGAAGCGAAUCAAUCUCUUCCGCACAGUGAAUGACUUCGCCGCAAAAGUAGACAAGCGCAUUCUACCGGUAGAAUAUGGAGGAACGGCCGGGCCCAUGGCGGACAUGAUUCGGCAGUUCAAGGAGCGCUGUCGAGCGAAGCGGGCCCAGCUGCUGGCAAUGGAUGAAAUGCAUAUCGAAAUCACGAAAACUUCCUCGCUGUACACCGACACUUGCCGGGGUGAUCUGGAUACGGGAAUAAUUGGCAGUUUCCGGAAGCUGGAAGUCGAUUAGCCGGCCGCCGGCUUGAGUUCUGGAUUGGAAGUCAGGCGGGGGUUUGCUUUCCAUGUUAUAUAAUGCUAACCCAAAUCUAAAGUGAUAUUUUUACCACCCCGAUGAGAAAUUGCAAUUAUUUCGAAAUGGAUAUUUAAUGCUGUAUAAAUUGUUAUAUACCUGUAUGGAAUAAGGUGAACUUGAUUUUUCUAAUGUUUAAACCUAUUAGUCGUAAGAAAAUAUAAUACCUUUGAUGCUACUUUGUAACCUGUUUAGCUUGCAAUAAAGUAAUGUUUAUAAAUUUGA